GCCGUUUGUUGCCCUGAUAGACUGCAUUGUUGUCCCAAAGGUACAAAUUGUGAUUCUAAGGCUGGACGUUGUACGUCCAGUUACAGCGACAACAUCGAUGUACCACGAACUACGGAUGUUGUUCGUCCUGCGUUUUUUGUGCCAACCAAUUAUCUGUGCCCGGACCAGCAGUCCGGCUGUCAAGACGAUCAAACUUGCUGCCAGAUGCCGAGCAAAUCUUGGGGCUGUUGCCCUUUUCCUGAUGCUGUGUGCUGCUCCGAUGGUUUACACUGUUGCCCUAAAGGCUAUCAGUGCGACCCGAAGGAUGGUGAAUGUGUAAAGAAAACUAGUGCGUAUGCAGUUGGAAGCGGCGUCACUUGCCCCGGCGCAGAGUUCGGCUGCGAUAAUGGAUCUACUUGCUGUCCGUCUGGGAAUGGGGUUUGGAAUUGUUGCCCUUUUGAGGACGCCAUCUGCUGUCCAGAUAAGGAGCACUGUUGCCCACCUGACACUGUAUGCGACCUUGAGAAUCAUCGUUGUGUGCGUUCCACGUCUCAUCGACCGAAUCAGUUUGCAACGUCUAUGGAUUCGUCACAACAUAUGCAGGGUGCUUGCCCCGGUGGUCUAGUCGCCUGCCCCCACGGAACUUGCUGUAAGGACUCUUCUGGCGUGGACGCAUGUUGUCCCUAUCCAAGCGCCGUAUGUUGCUCAAGUGGGCAUUGCUGUCCACAAGGCAUGCAAUGCGACGAUACAAAUGGACUUUGCACCCCUGCCGGUGUAACUCCUCAGCCUGAGAAAGCCUCGCCACAUGCCUUACCCAAACGCGAAGUUUCCUGCCCCGACGGAAAAUCCUCCUGCGAAGCAGAUCGCACAUGCUGCUCUCUGAUUGAUGGGUCGUUCGGCUGCUGUCCAUUCGCAAAUGGCACAUGUUGUUCAGACAAAAGGCAUUGUUGUCCAGCCGGUAGCACCUGCACAGAGCAUGGCCAAUGUGUUCAUCAUUUGAAGUCGUCAUUUCAACGUACCACUCUCGUUGCUGAGAAAAUGAUCUCUGCACUCAGUCCUCCCGCGCAUCUGACGCAAUCUCCAUCAGACACUGUGAACUCAACUGACGUAGUGCACGCCACAUGGUGCGGAUAUUGUGCCAAUGACUGGUUUUGUUGUCCCAACGCCAAGGGUAUCCGAAAUCAAAUGUGUUGUCCUGCAGCAGCGGGUAUUUGCUGUUCGGAUGGCGAACACUGCUGUCCGAGAGGAACGCGCUGCACAGGCGACGGUCACUGCGAAGAUUCCCUUGAUGAUCUGGUAAUGAGUUUGGCUCCGUAUCUAAUCGCUGCUAAGUCGGUCGAUGGCAAAGCCCCAAGUUUUAUUGCUCAUCUUCAGCCACACUCCUUCAAUCUUCUAAUCGCCAAAGAGACUAGUCGAGCUCGGCUUGAUCCUCUGUUUUUACUUGAUUUUUAUUACUAUUUGUGGCAUGACGCGGUCACCGUUUGCCCCGAUAGAGAACGCUACUGUCCCUCAGACGAACAGUGCUGUCCUUCAAACAAACAUGGCUAUACCUGUGCUCCAGUUGGGGCUACUUGCUGUUCUCCUGCCUCGGAAACAUUUUGCCCAUCCGCAUCUACUUGUUCCCACGAUGGUCUCAUGUGCGAUUAUUGAUCGCGACGUCAGGCUAUUUUUGUUGUCUUGUUUUUCUGACAUACUUCGGAUGCUACAACUCGUUACUCGUCCUUCCAUUCGAUUCCCUGUUGUGCUUGAUCCUGGAACAGUGAAAUUUUUGUGACGCUUGGACAAUAUCAUCCACACAUAACGGAUUUGAUUGAUGUGAACUAUUUUGCGUUACUUUUUACUUGUGCCAUAAAAAAAUUCUUGCUCUAC